CUUAUGGUAUCUCGUUCUUCAUUUGCUUUCAAAUUUCCAAUGUCUUCUCUCUCUAACUUCACUGGAAUUGCAUUUGCAGCAUAAGAUUCAUCGCCGAUCCUCACGUUACAUAUGACGGGAAAUCAAUUGUCAUCGAUGGUAAGAGACGUGUAUUGCAGUCUGGAUCGAUUCAUUAUCCCAGGAGUACACCUGAAGUAUGGCCUGAACUUAUUCAGAAAUCAAAAGAAGGGGGAAUUGAUGUGGUUGAGACUUAUGUCUUCUGGAAUUAUCAUGAACCAGUUAGAGGACAGGUAAACAAGUUGUUUUCUUCACUAUAUGUGAACUAGAACUUGGUAGCUGAAAGGAUAUUCUAUUUAGUUAAUUUGGUUUUGUGUAAACUAUUGCAGUACUACUUCGAAGGCAGGUUUGAUCUGGUAAAGUUUGUGAAGACAGUGCAGGAAGCCGGUUUGUUUGUGCAUUUGAGGAUUGGUCCUUACGCAUGUGCAGAAUGGAAUUACGGGGGAUUCCCAAUGUGGCUACAUUUCAUUCCUGGCAUUCAGUUUCGUACAACAAAUGACCUUUACAAGAAUGAGAUGAAACGUUUCAUGGAGAAAAUUGUUGAGUUGAUGAAGGAGGAGAACCUUUUUGCAUCUCAAGGAGGCCCAAUCAUUCUUGCACAGGUUGAGAAUGAGUAUGAACUUGUAGAAUGGGCCUAUGGAGUUGGAGGAGAAUUAUAUGUUGAAUGGGCGGCUGAAACUGCUGUUAGCCUUAAUACAACUGUACCUUGGGUGAUGUGUCGUCAAACCGAUGCCCCAGAUCCAAUAAUAAACACAUGUAAUGGGUUCUACUGUGAUGGAUUUAAACCAAAUUCACCUUCCAAACCAGCAAUGUGGACUGAGAACUAUGUUGGAUGGUUCAGUGCAUUUGGUUAUGCAAUUCCUUAUCGGCCUGUUGAGGACUUGGCUUUUGCUGUUGCCCGUUUUUUUGAAAAAGGUGGUACUUUUCAAAACUAUUACAUGUAUUUUGGUGGUACUAAUUUCGGAAGGACAGCUGGAGGGCCGUUAACUGCCACAAGCUACGAUUAUGAUGCUCCAAUUGAUGAAUAUGGUUUUAUUAGGCAGCCAAAAUGGGGCCAUUUGCGGGAUCUUCACAUGGCAAUCAAGCUAUGUGAAGAAUAUUUGGUCUACGCAGAUCCGGUUCAACUCUCACUAGGUGAGAAUCUUGAGGCACAUGUAUUCUACAAAGCUUCAAAUGACUGUGCAGCAUUUCUUGCCAACUAUGGAAGCAAUUCAGAUGCUACCGUCAGCUUUAAUGGGAAAUCUUACUUCCUACCCGCUUGGUCAGUUAGCAUUCUUCCGGAUUGUAGAACUGUUGUAUUUAACACGGCUAAGGUUGUUACACAGAAAAACCUUAUUGACGUUGUCUUUCCUCGAAAAUCUAAUAUGAUUGAAUAUUCAUUAGCUUCAUCGGAAUGGAGUUGGUUUAAGGAAAAAGUGGGUGUUUGGAGCAAUAGCUCGUUUAUCACAUCCAGGUUACUGGAGCAGAUCAAUACAACACAAGAUUCAAGUGACUUCCUUUGGUAUACAACAAGUAUAAAUGUUGAUGAGAACAGUAAGGUUGAUAAAGAAACCAAAGCUUUUCUUCUUAUCCAGAGUUUAGGUCAUGCAGGUCUUGUUUUUGUCAACAAAAAAUUAAUAGGAUUUAGCUACGGUUAUCAUGACGAUGCAAGCUUCAAUUUCAGUGGAUCAAUCGAUCUUAACCACGGGCGUAAUACCUUGGACGUACUAAAUAUGAUGAUUGGUUUACAGAACUUUGGGGCAUGGUUUGAUAUUGCUGGGGCAGGACUUUAUUCUGUUAUUGUCAGUCAUUCGAAAAAUAAUAGUAAAGAGGAUCUCUCAUCUGCAGAAUGGACCUAUCAGGUGGGGCUUGAAGGCGAAUCAAUCGGACUUGAUAGAAUCGAUCUUGUAAAUAGUACUUUAUGGACUAAAGGGAGUGAUCUUCCAACUAAUCAGAGCUUGAUAUGGUACAAGACAACAUUUUAUGCUACUGAUGGAAAAGGCCCAUUAUCUUUGAACCUUUCGAGCAUGGGAAAGGGUCAAGCAUGGGUUAAUGGGCAGAGUAUAGGUCGCUAUUGGCCUGCUUACAUCUCACCGUCUGAUGGUUGCACUGAUAAUUGUGAUUAUAGAGGAUCCUAUGACUCCAAUAAAUGUCUCAGACACUGCGGUCAACCUUCUCAAAUUUUGUAUCAUGUCCCUCGAUUAUGGGUACACAAGGGUGUAAACCUACUGGUUCUUCAUGAAGAGCUUGGUGGUGACCCUUCAAAGAUCUCCUUUCUGUCACGAGUUAGACAUGAGAUAUGUUCCGUCGUGUCUGAGGAUGGGAUACCACCUGUUGACACUUGGAAGCCGAAAACGAGCCUUCAACAGCCCCAAGUUCGACUGAGCUGUGAGCAUGGAUGGCUUAUAACUUCAAUUAAUUUUGCAAGCUAUGGAACUCCAAAAGGGGAUUGUGGCACUUUCACUGCCGGAAUAUGUCACAAGAAUGUUAAACCCAUCAUUCAGCAGGCUUGCAUAGGCAACAGAGAGUGCUCAGUCCCUGUUGCUACAGCUAAACUAGGUGAUCCCUGUCCAAAUGUGCUCAAAAGCUUGGCAAUUGAAGCUGUUUGUACUACUACUAAUCCUUAGGCAGGAAAAAAAGGUAUGAAUAAAACUACCCAUAUGUGAUGAAAACAGUUUUAAGAAGUAUAUGAAGUUUACAAGUCUU